AUGAUUCCCCCUUUUUUUUGUUUGCUAAACCGCCUUACAUUCCUUAAUCUUGCGGCCAAUAGCUUCAAUGGAAGCAUACCUUCCUGCCUUGGCAAUCUGUCUUCUUUAACUCACCUUGAUCUUAGUUACAACCAACUUAGUGGAAGCAUACCCACUUCUCUUGGAAGUCUUUCUUUGUUGAGUUAUUUACAUCUUUAUAACAAUCAACUGACUGGUAACAUUCCAGAUUCUUUGGGCAAUCUAUAUUUACUCCGGGAGUUGUUGAUUUACAAUAACCAACUAAGUGGGACCAUUCCCUCUUCAUUUGCUCGGCUUUCCUCCCUCACUUACUUGCAUGGUAAUGGCAAUCGUUUCAAUGAAACCAUCUCUUCUUCCUCACUUCCACCUUCUUUACUUGAACUAUCCUUGUCACUAAACUAUUACCAGUCUAUUUCAGAAUCUGUCUUUCACAAGCUAACAAAUCUAUAUUAUUUGUAUUUAUCCAAUUGUGUUCUAAAUAUUAGCACAACGUGGAUUCCAUCCUUUCAAUUAGCUGUGUUACGUUUAGUGUCAUGUAUGAUUGAUGGUGAAUUUCCACCUUGGAUUUCAACACAAUUCUCACUUGAGAUUUUAGAAUUAACUAACGCCAGUCUUGUGGGCGCAUUUCCCUCUUGGCUAGGGGAAACUAGUCCUUCGUUGCGUUCUCUAAAUCUUUCAGGAAAUCAUCUAGAAGGAAGCCUGUUCUCAAAUACUUCAACGGGGAUGGAAUUAUAUGAGUUAGAUGUGUCUAGAAAUAGAUUGAGUGGGCAGAUCCCAUCAAUGUGGUUUUCUUCUAUGCAAAUAUUGCUGCUCAAUGACAAUUUGUUCACUGGCAAUAUUCCUUCAAACCUAGGCAUAUUAUCUUACCUUGAGCUAUUGAAUCUUGCAAACAACAAGGUAACGGGAGUGAUCCCUACAAGCCUGUCCAAUUGCUCUUCCCUCGCUGUCCUAAAUUUGGGAAAUAACAGUUUGGAGGGAAGCUUACCACAUGAGUUGAGUAAGCUAAGUCAUUUAUAUUCAUUAGUUGUUCGUAGUAAUAACUUGAAUGGAUCAUUUCCUCCGUCGAUAGUAAAUUGCUCAAAUCUGCUGGUUCUUGAUAUUGGGGACAAUUUAAUUGGAGGUAAAAUACCAACAUCAAUUACAAAUCUUUCUAGUCUAAGCGUAUUGGUGAUGAAGGAGAACCAUUUUACAGGCAAUAUUCCAUUUGAGAUAGGCCUACUAAAACAACUUCAAAUAUUGCUCCUUUCUUCCAAUCACAUCUCAGGUUCAAUUCCACACACAAUUGUAUCAUUGCAAGCAAUGGCAAUAGAAAGCCAAGAUGGUUUUGAAGUGUCCACUUUGUCUUUUUCUGAUGGGAAUUUAUAUCAUGAUGGAUUGGAUAUGACAUUAAAAGGCACAAAUCAACACUACCCAUAUAUUCUUUCCACUCUCACAUCCAUAGAUCUCUCAAACAAUGAAUUGGAGGGACAAGUUGCUUCUAAUCUUGGGAACUUGAAGGGCUUGAGGCUUUUGAACCUUUCAAUAAAAAAUUGA